AUGAUCGUGUUCGUCAAACCUUAUGUUCUUGGAGGUGAAGGAGGUCGGAGACGGAUCUACACUCCAACAACCACCCAAAACCCUAGUCGUCGUAGGCUUUCUUCUUCAAUUCCUCAUUGGCGCUCCUCCUCAUUCUUCCUUCUCUGGCAAACAAACCAAUCCUUCUUCCUUCUCCUACUCACUCUUUUCCGAUCAUCGUUAACUCACCAACGUAAUGUAGUGAAAUGGUGGGGAAGGUUCGUCGGAGGGUGGUCGGUGACUAUUAAGGAAAUGCGAGAUGAGAUGCGACAACAGCUUAGCGAGUUUAGGGAGAAGAUACGUAACUUGAAAAGGAAAGUGACCAUGAUGGGUGUUGCUGGAGUUGCUGUGAUGUCGUUGAUUGGGUUUCGUGUUUGCGUCGAAUGCAGUGGAUGGGGAUUUUGGUGGGUGUAG